AUGAAGAUUUCCGCACUUCUAUCUCUCGUUCCCCUCGUUGCUGCCCUUCCCGGCUCGCGCGUUGGUUCCACCAAGAGCAAGGAUGCCAACGGUGCUUUCGGCGUCAUUGCUGCCCGCUCUGGUUCCCCCAUCCACUUCCUCCCACUGACUGCCUCCGGCUCCCACUUCUUCCUCGGUGGAAAGAGCCAGACCUACUGCCCCAGCGAGGUCGUCCCUGGCUGUGCCGGCCGCACCAACGACACCAUCAUCUAUGGCCAAAGCGCUCUGGAUGUCGUCGUCCCCGGUGGCCAGGCCAUCUACGUUGACCGCUCCGGUGCUCUGAGCUUCACCACCCCCCACUCCGGCUACGAGCCCGCCGGCUCUUCUUCCGGCCCCUUCGUCUACACCCCCGGUAACUCCCAAAACUCCCUGGGAUCCUGGACCUACAACGGCGAGGGCGCAUCCGGAUUCAUGGCUUGCCCUGUUCCCCGUGCUCCUCAGCCUACCGGUAACUCUGCUGCCCGCCGUGCUGCUAAUUCCGCUGCCCCCACUUGGCAGGUGUACGCUGCUCUGCAGAACGCCACCGUCCCCACUGGAAAGGUCGACGACUGCCUCGGCUUCGACGCUUUGGCUACUGGCCUUAACGUCAGCUCCAACAGCCUCGCUUGGGAGUACAUCUAA